GCCUAAUUAAGGAAAGCUGUUUUCAAUUAUACAUCCUUCUCACUCCUCGCGCUCUUGUCUAUUCUGUGCAUAUUAAUGGUGACGCUAUAAAAAGCUGCUGAAGUACUCAGCACUUGAAUUCUUCCUGUGUUUUUAAUAAGUCUAUUGCAACAACAUGAAGGCUCCUGUCCAAGCAACUCGCAGGAUUCCUCCACCAACAAAGAAGAGGAGUCGUGCUUAUAUUGCUUUCAUCUACAGGGCUUGUAAAGAGGUUUGCCUGGUGGGAAUGAGGAGUCCAGACCUUCGGGCCAGCUGCCUUGGUUUUCCCAGACCGGUUCUGCUCAGACUGGUGAGCACAGAGGCUUCCCGGCUGUCCCAAACCAGCAGGCUAAAGACCAUCACCACACAGGAGAUCAGUGCUGCUGUUGCAGUUGUACAACAGAAGAUUUAUACAAGAACUGCUGCAUGAUGAGUUGACUGAACAAAUGAGUUUUUUAAGACAAAUUUUUAUUGUUUAACUCAUUAAAGAUUUAAAUUACAUUUACCUUUUAUCCAUGUUUUGUGUAAACUAAAUGAUGGCAAGUUUAAAGUUUGCAGAAAUGGGUUUUGUUAGUAGUAGGGUCAGAGAAGCAAAUCCCUGACAUGAUGCUGGAAUAACAGUUCUCUGGUUGCAUUUCUUGGGUCUGGCUCACUUAAAAGGUUGAGGUCACUGUUCAGAUUUUGAUUUAAAUGUGCUUGGGACAUGCCAAUAGGACUUUUUGGUUUUUAAAUUCACAUGAGCUAUCCCUUCAGUUCAACUGAGUUUCUGUUAAACGCUGCAGAAGGACUGGGCAGACUUAACAUGUGCCCUAAAUGAAAUGUCAGCCUUUCCUCGCAUCAUCUCUGGCUUGUUGCUUUCUGGUGUUCAGCUAAUCAAAACUUUUAAAUUGGUUGUCCAUAUCUGCUAAUUUCUUUCUUUUUUUUUUUUUUGUUUGCAAUAAAAUGACAAAAGUCCACAGUUCCCUACAGAAGCAAUGGGCACUUAGAAAUGAGUCAAAUUGGCACCAACACUCUGGCAGUUACCUGGGGUGAUAUUUCCAGUCCUAGAAGGUGGAACAGCGGCCCCUUCACAUUGUGGCUGAUUCAAACCACCUGCUUCCUCCGCCAGCCCCCUGUGGGCUGUCCUGCAGCGGCAGUUAUCUGCCAACACCUCGCCGCUACAAUACAGACCCGUUUGUUGUGUCCUUUCUAAACAGUACUGCAGCGAACCGUUUUGUCUGCCGUUCCGAUGCAAAUUUCCGUGCGUUACAUGGAUUGUGUGCCACAUUCAUGAUCGGAUCGGGCGGAUUUAAGCUGCAGCUUGAUGUGCAGCAGUCACAUGCCAUAAGCCAGCAGAUGUGACCCACUGUUACCAGGUUGGGAAAAGUUGUCUUAAAUGACCACAGGACCUUGGGUUUGGUCAUCAUGGGAUGUGGCGCCUCUGUUGCCACAAACACCCAGGGGAGAAGAGUGGAAACAGGUAAAGAUGAAUUGGUUAAGAGUCCCAGCCCGGCUCUCACUAUGAAAGCAGCUGUUUUGAUCCAGAGAUGGUACCGGCGCUACAUGGCUCGUCUUGAGAUGAGACGCAGGUACACCUGGAACAUCUUUCAGUCCAUUGAGUAUGCCAGGGAACAGGACCAGCUACAGCUCUCCAGUUUCUUCACUUUCAUGCUGGACAACUUUACUCAGCUGAAUGGAAAUGGGCCAGACUUGAUUUCCCAGCUGCUGGACCCGGUGGUUGACCCCUGGUUAGACAGAGAGACCUGCUACAGCUUGAUCCCUGUUCCAGAGACGUACACUGGACCCCGACUCUCCUUUCCUCUCUCCGUCGCUGAUACAAAUGCUCUCCUCAGUGCAUUUAAGGAGCAGCAGACUCUACAUGCCAAAUAUGUUCUGCAGCUGCUGUAUGAGACCAAAAAGCUCCUCAAACAGAUGCCCAACAUUAUCCACUUAUCAACAUCCUACACUAAAGAAAUCACUAUAUGUGGUGAUCUUCAUGGGCGAUUUGAUGACUUACUCCUCAUAUUUUAUAAGAAUGGCCUUCCCUCUGCAGAAACACCAUAUGUGUUUAAUGGGGAUUUUGUGGACCGUGGGAAAAAGUCAACUGAAGUGGUCAUCCUCCUGUUUGCGUACCUUCUGCUUUACCCCGACUACAUGCACCUGAACCGAGGAAACCAUGAAGACCACAUAAUGAACCUCAGAUAUGGGUUCACAAAAGAAGUCAUGCAAAAAUACAAGACUCAUGGCCGUGAGAUCCUCCAGCUGUUCCAGGACAUUUUCAGCCUUCUGCCCAUCGCUACAGUCAUUGAUGGAAAGAUCUUGAUUGUUCAUGGUGGGAUAUCAGACCAGACUGACCUGGACUUCCUCAGCUGCAUAGAGAGGUACAAGGUGAAAUCUGCUCUGAGGUUUCCCAGAUGCAGUUUGGAGCAGGUGGACAUCGGUCACUCCUGCAGAGAGGCAAAAAGAAUGAGAUCAACAGACUCUCUUCCCAGCAGCAGUCAGAGCAACAGCAAGAACCAAAGAACCCCCAGCCAGAGAAAGAGGCGAUGUGGGCUCAGCCAGCAUGACAGAGCUGCCUCCAGUUCUUCCUCCUCCUCCUCAUCUUCCUCUUCACUCCGCUCUCCUAGAACUCCAUCCUGCCUCUCGUCUCAUCCAUGCCCAACUUCUCCUAGCAUGCCUGAUGCUGGUAAUAUCCUCCAGGUACCUUUUCUGGACUCACUGUCCUCUGUUCCCCUUCCUUCAGCUCCACAACGUGAACGUGAAUGGAGACAGCUUUUCCCUCUCCUGAAGAUAGUGGAUAUACUGUGGAGUGACCCUAAACCCCAAGAAGGCUGCAGCCCCAACACAUUCAGGGGAGGAGGAUGCUACUUUGGCCCUGACGUCACCCAGAGACUGCUGCUCCGCCACGGACUCCAGCUGCUCAUCAGAUCCCACGAGUGCAAACAGGAGGGAUAUGAGCUCUGUCAUGGUGGACAGGUCAUCACCAUUUUCUCAGCAUCAAACUAUUAUGAGGAAGGAAGCAACCGUGGUGCCUACAUCAAACUGGGCAGAGAACUGGUUCCUCGCUUCUACCAGUACCAAGUCAGCCGCACAACUCGCAAACUCACUCUGACACAGAGAGUACGAGCUGCUGAAGGUUCUGCUCUCCGAGCACUAAAGGAGAAGCUGUUCGCCCAUCGCUCUGAGCUGAUGGCAGGCUUCCAGCAGUAUGACCGAAAUAACACCGGUAGCAUGUCAGUCAGUGAAUGGGCUCAGGUGAUGGAGUCUGUGCUGAGGCUCGAUCUGCCAUGGAGGACACUUCGUCCACACUUAACCCGUCUGGCACCAGAUGGCGGUGUGGAUUAUCCGUCCUGCUUCCAGGACAUGGGACCAGGGAGUCAUCUGUCUCAGGUCACUCCAAACCUGGCUGAAACUCUGUUCAGAUACAGGACAGACAUUGAGAUAAUAUUUAACAUCAUAGACAAAGACCAUUCAGGUCUGAUCUCCAUUGAAGAAUUUCGUCACACCUGGCGUCUUUUCAGUGCCCAUCUGGGGGUUAACAUUGAUGACAGAGCCAUCAAUGACUUGGCCCGAAGUAUCGACUUCAACAAGGAUGGCAGUAUAGAUUUCACCGAGUUCCUGGAGGCCUUCAGAGUGGUACACAAAUUGGACAACAAGGAUCAGCAACUCAACGGAAAGAUGGAUGGAGAGAAGUAUUCAUGAAGACAGAGGAAGGAAAGCAUAGAAGCAGGAAUAAGAAGAAUUUCUUAAGCUGUUAUUUGGUGAUGCACAAUUAUUAGUGCAUUUUGUAAGAUGUUACUGUAUUUUUAGCAUCAUGGCUCUGGUCAGUAGACUGGUCCAUCCACCGCUGUGGUUUCAAAGGGAAAUAUCUUGACAACUCUUGGAUGGAUGUCAUUUUGUACAGACAUUUGCGUUUCCAAAUUACUCCUUAAGACAUCGGUGAUUCUCUGACUCUUUCAGCAGGUUUUUAGUUCAGUGUAAAAAUGUCUCUAACUAUUGGAUGGAUUGCCAUAAAAUUUGGUAGCAUCAUUUGCUUUCUUGGCAAGAGGUAGACAAGAAUUAUACCCCUCUCAUAUCUGUUCAGUAAAUUUGUAGUUGGGUGGCUAUAUUAAAACUAAUUUUAGGGUGACUGUUUCUUGGCCAGGAGUCUCUGGUCUUGUCUGGCAACUGGAUUUUGACAUUUUUACACUUAUAUUUUUGUACAAUUAGUGAGAUGUUGAGGUGCUGAUAAGCAGAUUUCAUUGGAUAAAGCUAGGCUAGCAGUUUUAGUUCUUGAUGUUAGGGUGAGGUAGGCAGCUUCUCGAACUUCAGGGACUGUUCAGGUGUUAGUGGAGCCACUCUUCUUGUUUAACUGUUGGCAAGAAAGUCAAUGGGUUUGUUUCCCAAAAUGUUAAAUUGUUUCUUGUAUUCAUAUUUAUUCCAAAGCAGCAAGCUCACUAAAGAAUGCACUGUAAUCACCUAUAACUACACAAACUAGCUUUUAGUCAUGUUUGAAAGUUGCUUUACAAAUAGACUUGACUUGCUCUAUCUUCAGAGCUUUAUCAUUUGAUCCCCUUUUCCCUUAUUAGAGUCUGAAAUGAUGAACUCAGUUUAGAUGUCAAAGUGUAAAAGCCAAAUACACCCAAACCGCCACAGUGCUGUAGUUCUGAAGACCCCGCAGCAAUCUCACUACAACACCUGUUAAUACCACUUCUAAGGAAGCCAACCUCAGAUUUGGCUUGUUGUCUUGUACACCAUCUCAAAUAUCCAGCAGUGAGCAGAUUAAAGUGACUAACCCAAACAUUCCCCUGCAGCAGCAUAUUCAGUUUGCCAGUUUUAAAGUCAAAGAUGUGGUCCAAGCAACUCAUGAAGCUUGGCUUCAGGAGGUAUGGGUCAGAGGAAGCUGGAAAGGCAAACAAAGUUAUGGAAAUAUGACCCUCUAAAUCACAUCUACUACUGUUUCAUCUACCUUAUCAUUAGUGGCAGGAGCACCAUCAUUUUCAACAGCUCAUACACACUCAUUGCUGUAAAAACAGAAAAAACAAAAAUGGAACAGGACAGAAGAUGAAAGUUCCAAUUAUUCAUUUGAGGGAAAUAAUUGGUGUGCAAACGAUUUAUAUCUUUACUCAUUUUUUUAAUUGCAAAAAAAGGACCAACACAGAAGGCAAACAAUAGAUACAGGACAUUUACAAAAGAACUUAAGGAUAUAAGCAUGUACAGUGAGUGUACAAGAGACUGGUACAGGUCGGGGAUGUGUGACAGUGUGUUGUGUGAUUCUAAUUAAUCUUGAAAAAUGUAGGUGGUGGAGGGAAAAAUAAAUAGAUAAUAAAGAUAAAACCUUUGGCCACCCUGAGCCACUGGCAUUGAAGCAAGAACAACAUCAGGGAGCUCCAGAGCAGCACAUCAGGGUGAGGUCGGCCAGGACAGCAGAACUGUUGUGUUUAAUAAACUGAACUUUUUUCUAUGCUUUUAAUUGUUUAUUAUGAUUUACAUUUAUUUUGGUUGUUGCAGCUGGUAUUAUGCAGCUCUGCCUCGCCCUCUGACCCUGACAGGAGAGAGCUGACCUGCUGUAUCAUCCCUUUCUAAACAGCUCCAAGACCUUGAGGAGGGAGUAUAUAAGGGGGCUAGCAGCUGAGUGGUGGUGUGUUUCAGUGACCCGGCCUUCCUCCCCCACGCUGUCCACUCCAAAAGAUCCCGCAAGGUGCCCUGGAUUCUUUUACCCCAGAUGCCAGGGUGGAAAUAAAUUAAAAAUAAUAAAUAA